AUACAGGAAAAGUCCCAUGUACUGUACGCCUUCAAAUGUCUCUUUUCUUCCUUCUUUUGUUUCUUCCCCUCACAUAAACUCUCUCUCCUUCUUCUGUUCAAUCUGAUCGUUUGUCCACUUUUGAGCGACCAGAAAAGGGGGAGAAUGUGCCAAGGCGGCCACCAACCUUGUUUGUAUUGCCACCCUCAUGGCUACAUCAGAAUGGUGCAGCAUCUGAUAGAGGUCUGCUUGAUCCUUCGCAUGGGCAUGGACGACUGCGUCGAGGCGCUCGCUCAGCAUGCAGGCAUCCAACCUCUGGUCACUUUGACAGUUUGGAGGGAGCUGAUGAAGGAAAACAGGGAAUUCUUUCAGGCUUACUCCCCAGCUACUUCUGAAAACUCACCUGCAAACAAGCCACUCCAAUGCUCAUUUGGGACCCGAACAAGGAGGUGAUAUGACGAAACGUUUAAUCUAUUUUAAAUGGAAGCCGAUCCAUCAACGGAAGUUGGAGAAAUUUUGGUGGUGCAGAGAAAGAUUGUAUUAGCUUAUGUCAUACCUUGUGCCAACACGCUCAUAUGUAAUUACCCAAAUUUAUAUCUGAGAAGAACAAACACUUCGUCCAUGCAUACUGUUACAUAUAUAUAAUGAGAAUCCGUGGUAAAUUCCGCUUAUACCUUGA